AUGAUACCAUAUUUUUCUACGCAUAUUCAAGGUAACCAUGUCAAUGGGACACAAGUAGUAAUAGGGUUCAUUGUUUCAGGAGAUAAAUCCAUCGCGGAGAAUUCGAUACAGGAGGAUCCGAAUCUGACGCCCUUCCAGAACUCAGCAAGAAGUCGCUUCGGUUACGGUAACCUUGGCGGGUUCAACGGGCCAGCGCCAUACCUACCGCAAACCCCCCAAACCACACAAACCACAACAGAGGCGACAACAACCACCACCGAAGCCACUACAACGACAACAGAAGCCGUCGGUUCUACGGAAGGCGAACCUGAAGCUGGAACAGACGAAUCUGGAGCCGGUUUCGGCCUUGGUCCCUCGGAGUUGCCUCCAGAGCUGGCUAAUGUCGGCUUUGGAAUCGGUGGUAAUGGCGUCAAUGUGUUCAAUGUGCCAGGACCCGAAGCACCUUCUCCGCCGCCUGAAUCUCCCGCGCCUAAACCGAAAAGGCCAAAGCAAAGGAAGCAACCUAAUCCUGAGAUCUUCAAGGAGGGUGAGCCGCUGGUUAUUCCACAAAAUUCGGGUCUUCGACCCGUCGCUCCUCCAAAAGAAUUCCUCGAUGGCGGCGGAUUCGGACCGCAAUCUGGAAAUCUGUUCACCGGUGAUUCAGCACUCGUUCCAUCCAGGGGUCCUACUGGAGAUGGUUAUGGCCCACCAAUAUUCCCCGGCGGAGCUAUUCCUCCUCCAGUGCCAGCCGUAGGCCUUGGUGGAGCUGCUGCUGGAAAAAGCCCCUAUGCUGCUAUGAUUGAACCAACUGAAAACCCUCCUACAACGGUGAAGCCAUCUGCUCUUCUGAGCAUGCUUAACAAGGCUGAUCAAGGACUCAACCAGGCGAUAACCCACUUUGAACAGAAGAGUCCUAUAGAAACAGCAGCUAUCGAUAUUUUGGAAGUGGCGCUGGGAUCUCAAAAAUUGGAUUCUCAAGCGAAGCUCUUGGGACAUGUCGACAGAACCAUUGGACUAGAUAACCUGCAACGAAUACAACGUUGGGCAAACACUGCUGGUGCAAUGGAUGUGUUCAAAGAAGAGAUGGUGAAGUUCAUCAAGCAUUUGGAUCCACCAGAGAACUUAUUUCCAACGUUACCACCUGAACUGGAAUACCUAUUCAAACCAUCAGGACGGUAG